AUGAAGUAUGAAAUAGUACAUUUCAAGCAGUUUUGGGAUCAGUUAGAACCAACAUUUGAUGGAAGCAGUGUACUCAAGUUAUUUGAAUGGAUGACUGAAUGUAAUGUUAUUAAUAUUUUCCCUAACAUUCAUAUUGCUUUAAGAAUAUAUUUUACCAUUUCUGUUGCUAAUUGUACUGCUGAGAGAGCAUUUUCGAAGUUGGCCAGAAUUAAAAAUAAAAAUAGAUCUUCUCAAACACAAGAUAAUUUGUCAUCAUUAAUGAUUUUAUCAACAAAAAUUAAUGAUGUUCUUCAAAUUUUAAACUUAAACAAUACUUAA